CAGAAUCCUCAACCCUCUUUUCUUUUUCAUCUCAUCACCUCCGUUUCCCCACUCCUAUUAUCUCUCUCACACACACAUAGUUACUCACCUUCGUUGCCCCAGGUGAUUGCAGCGUUGCCACCAUCACCAACACUGCCGUCGAUCAAUUUUCUUAGAAAAAAACAAAAUUUUGAGUCCAAGGUACACAAAAACAAUCCAUCAUCCCUUCUGAAAAGGCUGCGUCUCGGUCGAUGGCUGCGUCCAAGUCGGAUAUCAGGAAGUGGUUUAUGAAAAAACAUGACAAGGACAAUGGCAAUCCGUCGAAGCCUGCAAAACCUGAGCCUAAAGCUUCACAAUCAGGGAAACCUUCUCCAGCUACUGUGCAGCAGGAGAAACCUGUGCAUGGAGGCCAAGAAAGUUCUUGCAGAAGGAAGACUAGCAAGUAUUUUCAAAAGCCUAAAGAUGAGAAGGAAAUGGAAGAACUCCCAGCUAAAAGAAAGACCCAGAAGGGUACUGAGGAAUCAUUGAACCCCCCACCUUCCAAAAAAAUUCGCAGAGUUGUCGAUGAUGAUGAUGACGACUUUGUCUUGCAUAAAAGUGAUGACGAGAAAGUUGAUAAAGAUACAGAACCUCCUAUUAAAUCUGGUGGAAGGGGUCGUGGUGGAAGAGGUGCAUUGGUAACACCAACUGGUGGAAGAGGCAGAGGUGGUGGACGUGGUGGAUUUAUGAAUUUUGGAGAAAGGAAGGAUCCUCCACACAAAGGAGAAAAGGAAGUCCCUGAAGGUGCUUCUGAUUGUUUGGCUGGUUUGACAUUUGUAAUUAGUGGAACCCUUGACAGUUUGGAAAGGGAAGAAGCAGAGAAUCUGAUCAAGCGCCAUGGUGGUCGUGUUACUGGAUCAGUUAGCAAAAAAACAAAUUUUCUUUUAUGUGAUGAAGAUAUUGGGGGCAAGAAGUCUGCUAAGGCCAAAGAGCUGGGCACUGGCUUUCUUACCGAGGAUGGACUGUUUGAUAUGAUCCGUGCAUCAAAUCAUGCAAAAGCACCUGCACGAGGGGAACCAAAAAAGUCUUUGGAUAAGGUUGUGUUGGCAACACCAAAGAAAAGUCCUCAGAAAGUGGAAAAGAAAGUGGAUCAAGUGGUCAACUCUUCAGGAAAACGCACGGUUUUGGUAGCUACCACUCCUAAGCAUAUAGAUCAAACUAUUGGACAUGCUUCGUUGACAUGGACUGAAAAAUAUAAGCCAAAGGUUCCAAAUGAUAUCAUUGGGAAUCAGUCACUGGUUAAACAGCUUCAUGAAUGGUUGGCACAUUGGAAUGAGCAAUUUCUUCAUACUGGCACUAAGGGAAAAGGGAAAAAGCAGAAUGAUUCUGGUGCUAAAAAAGCUGUACUGUUAAGUGGAACACCUGGUAUAGGAAAGACUACAUCAGCAAAGUUGGUUAGUCAGAUGCUGGGUUUCCAGGCAAUUGAGGUAAAUGCCAGUGAUAAUCGUGGAAAGGCUGAUGCCAAAAUUGAUAAAGGAAUUGGUGGAAGCAAUGCAAAUUCUAUAAAGGAACUCGUCAGUAAUGAAGCUUUGGGUGCUAACAUGGAUAGGUCAAAGCAUCCAAAGACUGUGCUGAUUAUGGAUGAGGUUGAUGGGAUGUCUGCUGGAGAUAGAGGGGGAGUGGCUGAUCUUAUUGCUAGCAUCAAGAUUUCCAAAAUUCCCAUCAUCUGCAUUUGUAAUGAUCGCUACAGUCAGAAACUAAAAAGUCUAGUGAACUACUGUUUGCUUCUUAGCUUCCGAAAACCUACAAAACAACAGAUGGCAAAGAGGUUAUUGCAAGUUGCAAAUGCAGAAGGCCUUCAAGUCAAUGAGAUUGCCCUUGAGGAACUUGCAGAAAGAGUUAAUGGAGAUAUGCGCAUGGCACUAAACCAGUUGCAGUACAUGAGCCUCUCCAUGUCAGUCAUUAAAUAUGAUGAUGUAAGGCAGCGGCUUCUGAGCAGUGCAAAAGAUGAAGAUAUUUCACCAUUUGUGGCUGUUGAUAAGCUGUUUGGUUUUAAUGGGGGAAAGCUGAGAAUGGAUGAGCGGAUUGAGCUCAGCAUGAGUGACCCUGAUCUAGUUCCACUUCUUAUUCAGGAAAACUAUAUCAAUUAUAGGCCAACUUUGGCUGGUAAGGAUGACAAUGGGGUGAAACGGAUGAGCUUGCUUGCUCGUGCUGCUGAGUCUAUUGGUGAUGGGGAUAUAAUUAAUGUACAGAUUCGAAGAUAUCGACAGUGGCAACUCUCUCAAGCUGGCUCCUUUGCAUCCUGUAUAACUCCCGCUGCACUCUUGCAUGGGCAAAGGGAGACACUUGAACAGGGAGAACGCAAUUUUAAUAGAUUUGGUGGCUGGCUGGGAAAAAACUCAACAAUGGGAAAAAAUAAGAGACUCUUGGAGGAUCUGCAUGUUCAUCUUCUUGCUUCUCGUGAAUCUAAUUCUGGAAGGGGAACCUUGCGAAUUGAUUACCUUACUCUAAUUCUGAAACGGUUGACUGAUCCACUACGCAUGCUGCCUAAGGAUGAUGCUGUUCAGAAAGUUGUGGAGUUCAUGGAUUUAUACUCUAUAAGUCAGGAGGACUUUGAUACUAUUGUGGAGUUAUCUAAAUUUCAGGGGCACCCAAGUCCGCUGGAGGGCAUACAGCCAGCUGUCAAGUCAGCUUUAACAAAGGCUUACAAUAAAGGAAGUAGCUCUCGCUUGGUGCGUGCAGCUGAUUUAAUCACACUUCCUGGAAUCAAAAAGGCCCCCAAGAAGCGAAUUGCUGCAAUUCUAGAGCCAGUAGAUGAUGAAUUGGCAAGAGAGAAUGGUGAUGCAUUGGCGGAAAGUGAAGAAGAAAACACUUCAGACACAGAUGACAUGGACACUGCUAAUGGUGAUAAGAAGCUGCCAGUGAAUCUCCAGAAUCUCAACUCUAAAGGAAUUAAAGUAGAACUAGACUUAAAAGGUGCUGGGAGUUCUAGUGCCAAGAAAACACCAGCAAGCAGAGGAAGAGGAGGAGGUUCUGCAUCCACAGAGAAGAAAGGGGGCAGAGGCUCAGGGGCUGCUGGUGCCAAGAGAAAGAGGUAGAGAGUUAGGGAUGAAAGCGCACGAGUAAUAGUUUUGAAAGUUGUUUAGGAACAUUGUACAUAGUGUCCACCACAGUAUUUGAUUUUGGGCUACUUGGGGAGGGUUUGCAGUAGGAUGGUGGAUGCUUCUUGCUAUUAUUUUUGUGCACUCAGAGGCUGCUAUUUUAGGAUGGUGUGAACUUUUGGACCAAUCUUUUUGAGUAUAUUAUGAAUCUUAA